UAUGAAGAAGAGGCGAGAGGAAUUCACAUUUGACUUUCCCGAAAGUACAGGGAAGGGCGCAAACACCCGCGCCAAUCUCAUAAUAAAAGUUGUUUUCUCUUCUUAUUAUGUUUUUUUUCAUUUUCCUUACAAUAUUGAUUCAAUUUGAUUAAUAGUUUGAUAGAUCUAAUUAGACUGUGAUACAUAAGUGUUAUUGAGAUUAGUUCGAUUAUUAUGGUAUCAAAUGGAUAGCGAGAUGGUGAAUUACAGCAAUGGAAAUCACCAUUGCAAUUAUAAUUACAAGAACAGCACUGAAUUUUGUAAUGAUUACUAUAAGAAUGAAGAUGAGGAGGUGGAUCCGCUGCCAAUAAGCCGUGAUCACGGCUAUGACACAGUGAAAAGUCGUUUUCUGAUGUCACCCACAAAUUUUUAUCCAUUUUCAUCAGCGACAAAGGAACCAUCUUCGCCGGCUCGUCGUCAUGAUUUCAUUGAGCAUCCUGUUUCCAGGAUGGACACUCUUGCCGGGGUCGCCAUCAAGUAUGGUGUUGAGGUAGCUGACAUUAAGAAAAUGAAUGGUUUGGUCACGGAUCUUCAAAUGUUUGCUCUCAAAUCACUUCAGAUUCCAUUACCUGGAAAACAUCCACCUUCAUCUUCCUUAUCAAAUGGUCAUGAUACUUCAAGAAAGCAGGCCCCAACAUAUCGUGCGCAUUCUGACCUCUUUGAUUCAUUUCAAUCGUUGAGGCUUAAUUCUUCAAAACAGGAGGUUUCUCCAGCCAUGACUACUUUACAAGGUUAUUAUGGCCUUAAACCAUUAACAGAUCCAAUGAUUUCCAAUUUUGAAACAGUAGACUACAGAAAAGGAGACUGUAAUUAUCAGGACGACAUUCAAUAUCUCAGACCUUCACCAUCAUUAGAUACACCUUUGAACCGCCACCGGAAGUCCAGGAGCUUAGUUAAUGGGUUUCUAGAAGAGCAUAAUAGACUAGCUGACAACCAGCAUUCUACUGAAGCACGGGAAAAUAACUUAGAGAAAUGGAAUGAGAAAUUGGUCAGGAGGCGUCAAAAAUCUGAAGCUGACUUCUCUUCCAUCUACCCUGAAACACUAAUGAGGGAGGAUAGCUGUGUUGUAAGUUCACCAACCACAGGAAAAAGCUUAGCUAUGAGGUUCAAAGCAGCAAGGCGAACUGGUUUGCCAAUUGAUACUGAAAUAAACUCUCUGACUGAUUCCUUUAUGAACAGUGCAUUUGCUAGCGUAAGAAAGUCAUCAAGCACAUCUAGUUUGCAAGAUCAGGAAAGUAGCAGUUCCUCCAUCCGGGCAGCAUCCAAAUGGAGUUUGAAGCCUGAUUUACAGGCUCUUUCAACAUCAGGCAUUACAAAACCGAUGUUUGAUGGAUUGCCAAAACCAAUAACCAGUAGAAGAAAUAAAGCUGCACUUGAUUAGGUACCCCUUUAUACGAGUAUGCUCGAUUUCAUUUUUGGUCCAUAUUUUGGCAGGCACUGCAUAGAUAAUUCUCAAGAGUAAAUAAAAAAUAAACUUGGAAAAUGUCAACAUACUAGGUUCCCAUUAGUUUGAUACAAGAGCAGUGUUCACAUAGAUUCAAUUUGUAGAUUCAUGAUUCUGUUCUGUAUUAACAAUUUUUUAAGUCUUAUUAUGGACUGGAAAAGUGGGUGCAAUAAUGCGGACAUUAAUAUCUGUA